AUGCUUUUUGUUUUGCUAGGUAAGAAUAGAAUUUCUUUACCAGAUCAUUAAUUGGAAGAAAUUAGAGAGAUAGAUUUUGAUAGCAUUAUUGAUCCUGAAUAAGAUGAGAAUAAACAAUAAUUUAAGUAAAAUUAUUAAGAGAAUAUAUAUAUAGAUUUAUGACAUAUAUGAUGAAUGCUUCCUAAUAUGAAGUAACCUUAAUAAUGAAAUUAUAGUUAGCUUAAAAAAUUAGCUGAGAAGAAAUCUAUAAUUUGA